AUGCAAAUCUUAUCCGCAUUAUCUAUCUAUCUAUCUAUCUAUCUAUCUAUCUAUCUAUCUAUCUAUCUAUCUAUCUAUCUCAGUCUGUUCAUAUCUAUCUAUCUAUCUAUCUAUCUAUCUAUCUAUCUAUCUAUCUCAGUCUGUUCAUAUCUAAGUCUGUUCAUAUCUAUCUAUCUAUCUAUCUAUCUAUCUAUCUAUCUAUCUAUCUAUCUAUCUAUCUCAACCGCUCAUCGUCUCCAUUCUCUCUUUCCAAUCCCCUCCCUUACUAAACAAGUUAUCUUUCUCUUUCAAAGAUUUUUAUUCUCUUCGCUAAUCCUUUACCAUAAUUCAAUGUUCUACGCUGAGCAAAGUAUGCUGGAUCCUUACCAAGACUCUUGCCGAUUCAAUCACCGGCCACGCCCUUAUGAGCAUUACUCUAUUCCUUCUUCAACAUCAAGUGGAGGGGCAUAUGCAACAACCUCUACACCAACCACAUUAACUCCAACAAGCCUUCAGCAGGCUUUUAUAGAACUCCAGUCUGUCCCUUCAUCUUCAUCAACUGACCCAAGUCAUUCUUAUGCAGGAAGUCACUCUGUGGACCCCUCCUUUUCACAAUAUGAUGAUUCAUGUGAUGAGGAUUCAUCGGCAGAACCAAGGGUUAACAAAAUGGGGGCUAAAAUCAAAGAAGAAAAAGAUGAUAUAAUGCAAUCUCUUAUGCGUAAUCGGCUUUGCCCUGAAGAGGAAGAACGUCGCAGGAUUAGACGUGAACGCAAUAAAAUAGCAGCUGCAAAAUGUAGGCAGCGACGGGUGGACCACACAAAUCGACUAAUCCAAGAGACAGAAAAGCUUGAAGAGGAACGUGCAACCCUGCAAGAUGAAAUCCAUACACUGCAUCUCUCUCUCUCUCUCUCUUCUCUCUCUCUCUCUCUCUCUUUCUUUUUCUUUUCUCUCUUUUCUUUUUUCUUUUUUUUUUCUUUUCUUUUUUUCUCUUUUUUUUUUCUUUUUUUCUCUUUUUUUUUUCUCUCUUUCUUUUCUUUUUUUCUUUUCUCUUUUUUUCUUUUUUCUUUCUUUUUCUUUUUUUUUUUUCUUUUUUUUCUCUUUCUUUUCUCUUUUUUUUUUCUCUCUUUUUUUUCUCUUUUUUUUUUCUCUUUUCUCUCUUUCUUUUCUUUUUCUUUUUUUCUUCUUUUCUUUUUCUUUUCUUUUUUUUCUUUUCUUUUUUUUUUUCUUUUCUCUUUUUCUUUUUCUCUUUCUUUUUUCUUUUUUUUCUUUCUUUUCUCUUUUCUUUUUCUCUUUCUUUUUCUUUUCUUUUUUCUCUUUCUUUUUUUCUUUUUUUCUUUUUUUUCUUUUCUUUCUUUCUUUCUUUUCUUUUUUUCUUUUCUUUUUUUCUCUUCUCUUUCUUUUUCUUUCUCUUUUUUUCUUUUUUUCUUUUCUUUUCUUUUUUUUUUUUUUUUCUUUCUUUUCUUUUUUCUUUUCUUUUUUUCUUUCUUUUCUCUUUUCUUUUUUCUUUUUUUUUUUUCUCUUUUCUUUUCUCUCUUUUUUUUUCUUUUUUUUUCUCUCUUUCUUUUCUUUUUUUUUUUUCUUUCUUUUUUCUUUUUUUCUCUUUUUUUUUUCUUUUUUUUUUUCUUUUUCUUUUCUUUCUUUUUUCUUUUUUCUUUCUUUUUUUCUUUUUUUCUCUUUUUUUUUCUCUUUUUUUUUUUUUCUCUCUUUUCUUUUUCUUUUCUCUUUCUUUUCUCUCUCUUUUUUCUCUUUUCUUUUCUCUUUUUUCUUUUUUUCUUUUCUUUUUUUUUCUUUCUUUCUUUUUUCUUUUUUUUCUCUCUUUCUUUUUCUUUUUUUUUUUUCUUUUUUCUCUCUUUCUUUUCUCUUUUUUCUUUUCUCUCUUUCUUUUUUCUUUCUUUUUCUUUUUUUUUUCUCUUUUCUUUUCUUUUUUUCUUUUCUCUUUUUCUUUUCUUUUUUUUCUCUUUUUUUUUCUCUUUUUUUUUUUUUUUUUCUUUUUCUUUUUCUUUUUUCUUUUUCUUUUUUUUUUCUCUCUUUCUUUUCUCUUUUCUUUUCUCUCUUUCUUUUCUCUCUUUCUUUUCUCUCUUUUUUUUCUUUCUUUUUUUCUUCUUUCUUUUUCUUUUUCUUUUCUUUUCUUUUUUUUCAAAAUUUUUUUUCUUUCUUUUCUCUUUUUUUUUUUUUUUUUUAUUUUUUUUUUCUCUCUUUCUUUUUUUCUUUCUUUUUCUCUUUUUUUCUUUUCUUUCUUUUUUCUUUUUUUCUCUUUUCUUUUCUUUCUUUCUUUUUUUUCUUUUCUUUCUUUUUUUUUUCUCUAUUUUUUUUUUCUUUCUUUUUUUCUCUCUUUCUUUUUCUCUUUUUUUUUUUUUUUUUUUUUUUUUUUUUCUUUUUUUUUUUUUUUUUUUUUUUUUUUUAUUUUUUCUUUCUUUUUUCUUUUGUUUUCCACAUUUUUCACCUUUUUCUUUCUCAGGUCUUUAUUCUAUUUUCCUUUUUUUCUUUUUUUUUUCUUUAUUUUUUUUUCUCAUUUUUUUCUUUCUUUUCAUUCAACAUUUGUUAUUAUUUGAGCAAUUAUUUUUCAUUGUACAAAUGCUAUCUUUAGUUUUUUCUCAUUGUUAUUCACCCGAAUUCGUUCUUUGUUCUUUCUUUCUAAAUUUCCUUAUUUUGCUCUUACUUAACUUUUUCUUUCUUUCUUUCUUUCUUUCUUUCUUUCUUUCUUUCUUUCUAAAUUUAUUUCACUCUUACUUAUUUUUUCCCUUUCUUUUCUUUUAA